AUGGCAGCACCACCUCAGGGAAUGCCUGAUUUGUCAAAUGCAAUUGUUGCCCAGGAUGAAAUGGGCAGACCAUUUAUUAUAGUUAGAGAUCAAGGAAAGAAACAGAGAAAGCAUGGGAUUGAUGCCACGAAAUCACAUAUUUUAGCUGCCAGGUCUGUUGCAAAGAUUGUUAAAAGUUCUUUGGGACCACGAGGACUUGAUAAAAUUUUGAUCAGUCAGGAUGGUGAUAUCACCAUUACUAAUGAUGGAGCAACUAUUCUUUCGCAAAUGGAUUUGGACAACCAAAUUGCUAAACUUUUGGUUGAGUUGUCAAGAUCGCAAGAUGACGAGAUUGGUGACGGCACGACAGGUGUCGUUGUGUUGGCCAGUGCAUUGUUGGACCAGGCAUUGGAAUUGAUAGAGAAGGGUAUACAUCCAAUCAAGAUCGCCAAUGGAUUUGAUGAAGCUUGUAAAAUUGCCGUUCAACAGUUAAACAAGGUUGCGGACGAAGUCACGAUUGAUAAUAAGUCAAAUCUUUUGAAAGCUGCAAAGACCUCACUUGGUUCGAAAAUUGUUUCAAAGGCACAUGACCAUUUUGCACACAUGGCAGUUGACGCUGUCCUUGCGGUGGCCGAUAUAGACAGAAAAGAUGUUGACUUUGAGCUCAUUAAAGUAGAGAAGAAAGUUGGUGGGUCUGUUGAGGACUCCAAAUUGAUCAAAGGUGUUUUAUUAGAUAAGGACUUUAGUCAUCCACAGAUGCCAAAAGAGAUAAGGGAUUGCAAAAUAGCCAUUUUGACCUGCCCCUUUGAGCCCCCAAAGCCAAAGACUAAACAUAAAUUAGACAUUUCAACUGUCGAGGAAUUCAAAGUAUUGCAAGAAUAUGAACAAAAGAAGUUUCAGGAGAUGAUUGACCUGGUGAAGGCAUCGGGAGCAAAUGUUGUUGCUUGUCAAUGGGGUUUUGACGAUGAAGCAAACCACUUGUUGUUGGCAAAUGGGUUAAAUGCAGUCAGAUGGAUUGGGGGAUCGGAAUUGGAGCUUUUAGCAAUAGCCACUAAUGGCCGUAUAGUUCCUAGAUUUGAAGAUUUGAGUGCUGAUAAGUUGGGAAAAGCAGGUGUAAUCAAGGAAUUAGAAUUUGGUACAACCAAAGAUCACAUGUUGGUUAUUGAAGAAUGCUCCAACACAAAGGCGGUUACCUGCUUCAUUAGGGGCUCCAACGAGAUGAUCAUUUCUGAAGGUGUCAGAGCAUUACAUGACUCAUUGUGUGUUGUUCGUAACUUGAUCAGAGAGAACAGUGUUGUUUACGGUGGUGGCGCAGCAGAGAUUACGUGUUCAUUGGCGGUAUCUGAGGCUGCUGACAAACAAAAGGGAAUUGACCAAUAUGCAUUCAGGGCAUUUGCAGCUGCAUUGGAUACCAUUCCCUUGACAUUGGCUGAGAAUUCAGGAUUAGACCCAAUCGAAACUUUGAGUUACCUUAAGGCAAAACAAGUCAACGAAGACAAUUCACGUUUGGGGGUUGACUGUCUAGGUAAUGGAACCAACGACAUGAAGGAACUAUUUGUGAUUGAUCCAUUGAUUGGGAAGAAACAACAAUUGUUGUUGGCUACACAAUUGACCCGAAUGAUCUUGAAAAUUAACGAUGUGAUCAUCAGUGGAACAGAUGAGUACUAA